AUGCAAGAAACUUGCAGGGCCAGUGAUAGAACAGUGUAUGGCCAACCUACCAGCAGACAGGACAAUGACACGCUCUUGAGGAGAGACUGUGUCAAAGGAGGAGAGGGAAGAUUGUUCAAGAGAAAAAAAGUGGAGAACCUUGUUGCCAGCAGUGACAAAGAAGUGGACACUUCAUGGCCUAGUGCUCCUCUGCACCACAAACUAGAAGACUACAACACUGCCACAGGUGUGGGGACAUGGGACCUUACCAGGCCCAUUGCCCAAAUUGCCAAUCAUCGUGCACCACACACCAUACUCAUGCACCACAACAUCCACAAACCUCACCAGAAAGCUAAGACAAGCGGUGACUCAGAUGUGAGGUGUAGACUAUGUGGGAAGGGACAGGAGAGUGUUGCACAUUUGCUAGCAGGGUGUAGUGCACUUGCUCAGACUGCGUACCUUACUAGGCACAACGCAGCAUUUAAGAUCCUCUUUUACAAGCUAUUGAGGGAUCACGGGCUUGUUAACACGGUACCUCCAUGGUAUUCACCCACCCAACCCAAACCCAUCUAUGAGGGAGAGAAGGUGAUGGCAUACUGGGAAGUUCCAGUCUUCGCAGACCACACGGAAGUCAGGGCCAACAGGACAGAUGGUCAGAUAGUGGACAAGGCGCGCAAGACGGUAACACUACUGGAGAUGAGCUGCCUAUGGGUAGACAAUCGGGACCACAAAGAUGAGGAGAAGAUCAUGAAGUAUGCCCCGCUUCGUCUAGAGCUCAAGAGACAGUACCCGGGUUUUAAUAUCACUCAGUGCGACAUAAUCAUCGAUGUCCUGGGAGGGUACUCGAAAGACCUCAAGAAGAGUAUCAGGGAGCUUGUUGGAUCAGAAAGGAGUACAGCAGUGUUAGGUAGAAUGCAGAAGUCUGUUGUCAGCAGUUCACUCAAGAUUGCAAGAUCUUUGAAAGUCAUGAGUUGAAGACUUCAUCUUAGCCAUGUGUUAUUUUGUUGAGUUUGUAAGAAAUUAGGGACUAGCCACUAGGGUUUUUUUUU